AUUCGGCAGUGAAUUCAAAUUCCAAAAUUCGAAAAAUCGCCCUUUCGUAUUCAAACAAAACAAAACUUGAAUCCAUGAAAGUACUAGCGGAAAUUUUCUGCGAAUAAACCAUGACCUUAGGUUUUUAUGAGCAGUACGCAAACACCACUCUGUCGUGAACAUGUGUAGUCACAACAGUGCAUUUUUAACAAUUAAUUUCAACUAUUAAUCACCGCGACGUGAUUCACAUUCACGAACAUUAAUGAACAAUUUUGAGUCAAAAAGUGAUUGAACCACCAAGGUCAAACUCAUCGAAUCACAUUUAAAUAGAAUGAUAGCAUUUUUGUAAGUAGUUGAACUUAGAACAGUCGCGAAGCUCGUUCGAGCAAAAUGGUGAAAAUCGAGCGACUAACAGACAGCGUAAAAUUGGGCGAAGCCCCACACUGGGACCCCGAAGCACAGACUCUCUACUACGUAGACAUCCUAGGCAUGUCCAUCUAUCAAUACGAACCAGCCACAAAGAAAGUCAGCAAAGCCUCAGUCGGCCUAAACCUAGUGUCGUUCAUCAUACCAGUGGAGGGUGAGAAAAACCAGUUCAUAGUGUCCCUAGGGAGAGAAAUAGUGCGGAUCUUCUGGAACAGUGAACUCCAAGACGUUCGAGUGAUCGAGCAACUAGCGGAAGUGGAACAAGCGCCCGAAUUCUUCGAAAGUAGAUUCAACGAUGGAAAGUGCGACCCUUUGGGGAGGCUAUGGGCUGGAACUUUCAACACAGUUUCCGAAAAACCGCUGGAUUAUCCACCUAAAGGAGCUUUAUAUAGUUUGAACUCGGAACGACAAAUCCAGCAGCACUUCAAAGGGUUGAGACUGAGCAAUGGAAUCGCUUUCAAUAUUAAGCUAAAAGCGAUGUACUUCAUAGACUCGGGUAAAGGGACUAUUGACCAGUACGAUUUUGACAUCAAAGCAGGGACGAUCUCAAAAUGUCGAGCGAUUUUCACGUUAAGUAAGCACCAAAUAAGUGGGAUUGCUGAUGGUAUGACGAUCGAUAUUGAUGGUAAUUUAUGGGUGGCUAUCUUCAACGGUAGCAGGAUUAUCAAAAUCGAUCCCCGAAAACCCGAAACGCUUCUAGAGUCGAUUCAAAUGCCGGUGAAACAGAUAACGUCACUGACUUUUGGCGGUCCCAACUUGGACGAAUUAUAUGUGACAACCGGCGCCUACAAGCUCGAAAAUGAGGACCUUCCACCACCUGAAAAUGGUGCUCUGUAUCGAAUUACCGGUGUGGGUACUAGGGGAUUGCCGGCGACGAAUUUUCGUUUUAUAAACAUCUGAUUUAAAUGGAAUUUUCCUUCUGGUUUGUUUAACCGUAAAGAUAAAGUCUAUUAAUAACUACUGUUAUCUCGGUAGUGUCAAUUAAACGGGUUUUUUGUUUGUAAACAAUCUUACUAAAUUGUCAGCAUUUUCCGUCGGGCGAGCUCGGCAGCCGGAGUCGGCGGGUCGCCAACGGUCGAGACUGUCCGAGCAACACCGACGCGGUGACGGGAGGGAGAGGAAAACACUUGUGUUCGGAUGCUGAUACACGAUGAUUGCGUUUUAAAAGAAUAAACUGCUAAAUUCUG